CUGGUGACUAUGUAAUUAUUCCACAUGUAGACCGUGAAACUAUUGAUCGAACUGAGGAAAACCAAGAACCAAAGCAAGAAAAAGAUUCUGAUAUUGAAACUAAAAAACGUAAAGAAAAACAUGAAUGGGAAUUGCAAUUGGGAUUAAGAGUUUAUAGUAAAUGCGCAGGAAUUAAAUUGGAAGGACUUCCAGGUGAAUUCCCUAAAAAGAAAGAUAAAAAAGAUGAAAAAGCUGAAGAAAAAGAUCCAGAGGUUGAUACUAAAGUUAUUAAUCCUAAAGAUAUCAUGAACUAA